AUGGGGGAUUUGAAACUAGGCCACACUGCUGUUCUCGCUGAUUUGGGAAGGUAUCUGCGGGUUCCAUUCAAUUGCCUAGUGAAAUGUGUUGGUGCCAUGCCCUCCCUGCAGGAUCUGCAGCGGAUAUGCAACAACUUGACAGAGAGCAAGAUUCUCACCGACGACGAGAGUGGCUUGCGAUGGAUGGACUUUACCCCACCUGCCACAUUGAAAGGGUCUGAAGAGAAUGUGUUUGAGCCCCUCGGUUGCAUCAUUGCUGACAUUUUGGCAGAAGUCCCAAAUCACGGAGUGUCCUUCCUAGCAAACUCAAACAGAACGCCCCUCUCGCAGCGCAACAAUACUUUCAGGCCUGAUGGAUUCCUUGUACUUAACAACGAAAAAACCCAGCGCAAGAUACAUUGGUUCGAUAUUGCUGUGCCAUUCGAGUUCAAGAAGACAUGGAUAGAGAAGAAGAUAGUCUGGAGCCUUCGCAGUAUCAUGCGCGAGGAUCUUCUUCGUCGUUUUGCGUUCAGUAUCACAAUGGAGGACAUGCAAGUGAGACUGUGGCUCAGCAAUCGUGCGUUCCUUGCAGUUACUGAACCUAUCGACUUCUUCCAGAACAUCGAUGGUGUUAUUUUGCUCUUUUAUGCUCUUGGAUCUGCAUCUGCGUCUUCUGCUAUGAAAGAGCUCGGAUGGGACCCCACCGUCGAGCGGAUCUGUGAUGGGGAGGGUUUCCAAUACAAGUUCACUAUUGGGGACGAAGUGUUCACCAUGACACAUGAAAUUGCAACCUAUAGCGCAGACUCUAUGGUUGGGCGUGGAACUCAUGUGAAUGAAGCUACGGAUGCCGAGGGAAACAAGGUUGUCGUCAAAGAUUCAUGGAGAGAUGCUGGACAUCAAUCAGAGGGCGAGAUCCUGGAAAACAUCUUGGCUUCCUGUGCAGAGAAGCUGCGAGCAGAGGAGUUGGCGGACGCCAGGAGGCACUUCAUUGGAGUCCGGCUCUGGAAGGAUGUCAUAAUCGACGAUACUUUAGAUGAGACACUAGACCUGAUGGUUGCAGAAGAGCAUGAUCAUACCUGGAAGUGGGUGUCCAUCAACCACAAUCGCACCCUCUCAGCAACAUCACAUUUACCUAGCACAGGCGACAUACCCAACUCUGACACUGGCAUCCCAUGCAGAGUCCAUACUCGCACUAUCUUCCAUGAUGUUGGAGUAGCUCUCAAGGAUAUCACCACUUUGGUCGACAUCCUGGGUUGCAUGUCCGGUGCACUUCUGGCCUUGUAUUAUAUGCACAAAGCAGGCUGGGUCCAUUGUGAUUUCAGCGUUGGGAACACAAUUUGGGUCGGGGGUGUGGGGAAGUUGGGUGACUUCAAGUAUGUGAAAAAGAUAGAUUCAAACACUUCUAAUGAUGGAACAAUGCAUUUCAUGGCAGUGGAAGUAGAAACUCAAGGCUACCUUUUCUUCCCACCUGGUGCAUGCCUCCUGGACGAACCUUCAUUUCGCAUGAAUUUCCUGCACGACAUUGAAUCUGCAUGGUGGGCUUUUACCUGGAUUUUCUUUUAUCACACAGACAUGGAUGCGGCGAACGUCGACCAUUCCUUUGAUGCUCAGUGGAAAGAAUACCAAGUGGCCUUCCCUGGUUUCAUCGGCCGGACAUCAUGCCAGGACUGCUUCCUCCGCACUGGACGACUCAGAAAGAAGCUUGACCAUCAUCUCCUUACAAAGACAUGCUUUGAUGUUUGCAAGUAUAUCAUUCCUGGUUUCGCAACAGCUCUCCAAAAUGGAUAUCGAAAGGUGGAGGCAAAUUAUCCCUCACUAGCGCUUUACGACACUCUUCUGGAAGAUGUGCACAAACAAGCUGCAGAACAUCUCAAUGAUGCACAACAACAUGCUAGCAGUAUAGAACUUUAUCCACUCUGCAACCUCCUGAAGCAGAAGAGGCCCAGAUCAGGGGAUGAAACAUCACUUCUGCCACAAAAUCAAGGGAAGAAGGCUCAAUAUGCUUGAUUUUUCAUUGUGUGUACAAGAAAGAACCAGGAGAUGGUAGCUUGGUGUCUCAUAGCUGUUAUCCUGUAAUUACCAACAAUAAGAAUGUUCAUAGUACGCAAUCACAUUUGAAUUUCUGAGGGGGAUUAACUGGAAAUUAGCAAAUGCUGUUAAGAGGUGAUUCAACUGUGUGUCAUUGCACCCAAUAUCGUCAGCCCACCAAGACGGCCAUGUGUCUGGGUGGCCCAAAUGUUUCAUAUGAGCACAUGCUCAUGUUCCGUCGUCAACACCGACAGUGUUGGCCUAGCGAAUGAUGCAGUCAGAUCUCACGAACACAAUGGAAUUGUUGAAUAU